AUGAUCAUUAAACCAGCAUAUCCAUUAUCUACUGCGGUCACGACGGUAGCAGGCUUUCAUACUGUGUCAAGAUGUGCACUCCAGGGCCGUAUAUAUAAGAACGUCCUAGCUAAUGCCCCUCCAAAAGACUACGAGAUCAAGCAGCUUCUGAAACCUGUUGGUGUUUCACAAGGUGUUUUGAAAAAUGGAGUGACUCGUGGCGGUAAUGGAUUCUUAGAUAUGUUUAAUAAAAGCAAAGUGACUAAGCGUACUGCUGAGCUUGAGAAAGAAUAUACACACUCUGGUUUUUACGGGUUACACGUGUUCGAGCAAACUAAAGGUAAGGUAUUUCUUGCUCCUAAAGGUCCUUGGGCUGCUCCCACUGCACAAUACUUCCCACCUGUUAAAGCCAAAGUAAUGUUCUCUAAGAACACUACUGAAAAAAACGCGCCUACGUUGCAGAAUAUGUUGCAACCCAAUGGAGCAGUUGUGGCCUUAUUCUCAUCCCAAAAUGGGGCUUCAAUUGUAAGUUCAUGGAUUAAAGAAAUUCAAAAUUAUAUGAACCGUGAUAAUGCUAGUGUAGAAAACUCCGAAAAUUUAAAGUUACCGGUAAUAUAUCUAAAUAUGAUUGAUGGAGCCUUACCAUCUUUGCUUUUACAAGCUUUUGGGAAAAAACAUAUUACAGACAUGUGUAAUAAUACAACAGAUAAUAUUAAUAUUGAUUAUUUUUUGAUCGGCAAUAAAAGACAAUUAUCAUUUACAAUACAAGAACAACUUCGUAUAAAUAAUAACCAUACAGGUUAUAUUUUCAUUCUUGAUAAAAAUCAAAAAGUACGUUGGUUAGCAUCAGGCCCGAUUGAUCAUCCACUUACCAAGACAUCAGAUGGUGACAAUAGUGAACUAAAAUACUUUAUAUUCAACAAUCAACCUACUAAAUAA